CAGUAGUUCAAUUCUACCCACGUGCUCACCAUUGUUUUAAAAUGGCGCAUUAUAACUUCAAGAAGAUCACUGUUGUCCCUUCAGCAAAGGACUUCAUAGACAUUGUCCUCUCAAAGACGCAGAGGAAGACGCCCACAGUCGUCCACAAGCAUUACAAGAUCUCUCGUAUCCGCCAGUUCUACACUAGGAAGAUAAAGUACACUCAACAGAACUACCACGACAAGCUGGCCACCAUCUUGACAGAGUUCCCCAAACUAGACGACAUCCAUCCAUUCUAUGCUGACCUAAUGAACGUCCUGUACGACAGAGACCAUUACAAACUCGCUCUGGGGCAGCUCAAUAUAGCAAAGCAUCUAAUAGACAAUGUGGCAAAAGAUUACGUUCGUCUUACAAAAUUUGCAGAUUCUCUUUAUCGUUGUAAGCAGUUGAAGAGAGCAGCCCUGGGACGUAUGUGUACGAUAAUGAAACAGCAGAAGCAAAACUUGGAGUACCUAGAGCAGAUACGUCAGCACCUCUCCCGCCUGCCCUCCAUUGAUCCUAACACUCGUACCCUCCUCAUCUGUGGGUUCCCUAAUGUGGGCAAGUCCAGUUUCAUGAACAAGAUAACACGAGCUGACGUUGAAGUCCAACCCUACGCCUUCACCACCAAAUCCCUUUUCGUGGGUCACAUGGACUAUCGUUACCUUCGCUGGCAAGUGGUGGAUACCCCUGGUAUCCUGGACCACCCGCUGGAGGAAAGGAACACUAUUGAGAUGCAGGCAAUCACUGCACUAGCUCACCUAAGAGCAGCUGUUAUAUAUGUCAUGGACCUCUCUGGUCAGUGUGGGCAUGGCAUUGAAGAACAGAUUCAGCUGUUUGAGAAUAUACGACCUUUAUUCAGCCAGAAACCUUUACUGAUAGCACUGAAUAAAACUGAUAUAAUCACUCUUGAUGAACUCAGUGUAGAGGAGAGAGAACCAAUUGAGAAACUUUCCGGAGAAGGAUUACGUGUUUUAUCAAUGAGUACCGUACAGGAGGGAGGAGUCAUGGAAGUGAGGAACGCUGCAUGUGAUGCUUUGCUGAGUCAGCGUAUUGAGCAUAAGCUGAAGAGUAAGAAAAUGCCUGAUGUACUGAACCGGCUCCAUCUUGCGGUCCCUGCCCCCCGGGACGGGAAGGAAAGACCAGCCCAUAUACCCCCGGGGGCGAAAUCUCACAAGAAAUCACAACUCAUGGAAAUAGAUGAUGAUGAUGAUGGAAUGGGUGUGGUUUCUGAUUUAGCUCCUCCCACUCGUAAACUUGAGCGGGACAUAGAGUUGGAGCAAGGAGACGAUUAUUUGUUGGAUCUAAAGAAACGAUACCUGCUCCCCAACAAAGAGGAGAAGUAUGACGUGAUACCUGAGAUCUAUGAAGGUAAGAAUAUAUCUGAUUUCAUUGAUCCCGAGAUACUCGAGCGUCUUGAGAAACUGGAAAGAGAAGAGGAACUCCGAGUGGCUGCUGGUGAAUAUGAAUCGGAACCAGAAGACGAGGAGACUCUUCGUACCAGGAACCUUGCUCAAAAGAUAAGACGAAAGAGAGAGUUCCUGCACAAGAUUAACAUCAGCAAGAGAGUCCGUAAUCACCCCAUCAUGCCUCGGACCAGCAGACCAUUGCAACGUAUUAAAGACCCUGCUGUUAACAACAGUGCAAUGGAGACUGGCGAGGGGCCACUGGUAGAGACUAUGGAGGAGGACAGUGGUAGAGGAGUUACUAGGGGAAAGAAGAGAAUGAGAGAAGCAAGUCGAUCUGCUCCUCCUCAUGCUUCAAGGUCUGUGUCUAGAGCUCAGUCUGGAGUUAGACCCUCCGAGGUUGAGAAUGUCGCCAAGAAAAUGAAGAGAGCUCAGAAAUAUUUGAAUAAGAAGAGCAGGAAGGGAGAGGCAGAUAGAAAGAUAGUGACCAAGAUGCCAAAGCACUUGUUUGCUGGGAAAAGAAAAUCUGGAAAGACUUCUAGACGUUGAGCUAUGAUAUGAAAAGCCAAUAUUUUCAGAUUUGUUAAUUUAAAAAUUAUAAGUGUCUAGUAUACUUUAUUGUAAAUAUUAAGGUAUCAGCCAUUUUACUGUA